AUGACAGUCGUAUCGUACAAGUAUCAGCAGCUUCGUCCGUACAUCCGACUUCCGAUAUGUGCAAGUUUCUUCCUGAGUGUGGGAGUCGGCCAGCAAAGACACCGAGCCAAACAAGCGAUUAUUUUCAACCACAAGUGGGUGCUGAUGUGUUUCAUCACCGACUGGAUGCCUUUGGCCCCAUUCAUGGAUGAGGAAAUAUUUAGCAGAGAAGUCAUUGUCAAAGAAGAGCUCAAUGAUAUCACUGAAGAGACAUGUCUAGAAAUUAAGGAGGAACCAAUUGAUUAUGCAGUUAAGGAGAGAGAUGAAGUAAGCGAUGUAAAAGUGAAACAUAAUUGUCGUUUCUUUCCUAAUCUUCAUGACCUAAGACAUGAAGCAAAUGCAAAGGUCUUGUGUAACUUUGUUCAGGGUCAUAAUGACUUGUUAAAUGUGCCAUUUGUGGCUGAGGACUGUGGGAACAAGUGUUUAUCAGAUGGGGAUCAGGCAAUACACAAGGAAAGUCUUGAGGAUGCACAACUAAAAGUGAAAGCCACAUUGAGUCGUUUUGUAUGUGAGGUGUGUGGUAAGAAAUUUUCUCAUAAAAGUAAUAUCAAUAUUCAUAUGAGAGUCCACACAAAGGAGAAGCCAUACAGCUGUGAUAUAUGCAAAAAGGCAUUCUCACAGAUAAGUGAUCUGACAAGACAUAUGAGAGUACAUACAAAGGAAAAGCCAUACAGCUGUGAGAUUUGCGACAAGGCCUUCACACAGAAAAGUGAUCUAGGAAAGCAUAUGAGAGUUCAUACAAAGGAGAAGCCAUACAACUGUGAGAUUUGCAAGAAGGCAUUCUCACAGAUAAAUGAUCUAACAAGGCAUAUGAGAGUACAUACAAAAGAAAAGCCAUACAGCUGUGAGAUUUGCGACAAGGCCUUCACACAGAAAAGUGAUCUAGCAAAGCAUAUGAGAGUACACACAAAGGAGAAGCCAUACAGCUGUCCACAGCUGUGUCCUGCUCAAUGUAGGGCAUCACUCCUACCUUGGACCUCAGCUCUCACCUGCUAA